AUGUUGGCAAAUGUUCGUUUGAUGGUUGAUUUCAACGUUAUGGCAGCAAUUCGGAAAAAGUUGGUGAUUGUAGGAGAUGGUGCCUGUGGAAAGACAUGUCUUCUGAUUGUCUUCAGUAAAGACCAAUUUCCUGAAGUGUACGUGCCCACAGUCUUUGAAAACUACGUAGCUGACAUUGAAGUGGACGGAAAACAGGUUGAACUAGCGUUGUGGGAUACAGCCGGUCAGGAAGACUAUGACAGACUGCGGCCCCUCUCUUAUCCAGACACUGAUGUGAUCCUAAUGUGUUUCUCCAUUGAUAGUCCGGACAGUCUUGAAAACAUCCCUGAAAAGUGGACCCCAGAGGUUAAGCACUUUUGCCCCAAUGUCCCCAUUAUACUGGUGGGAAACAAAAAGGACCUUCGCAACGAUGAACACACUCGAAGGGAACUCGCCAAAAUGAAGCAGGAACCAGUGAAACCAGAGGACGGCCGGGACAUGUCAAACAGAAUUAAUGCCUCUGGAUACAUGGAGUGCUCUGCAAAAUCAAAAGAUGGCGUGAGGGAAGUUUUCGAGAUGGCCACUAGGGCUGCACUACAAGCCAAGAAGUGCAAGAAGACCAACAAAUGUCUCCUGCUGUAA